UUUUUAAAAGUUGAUCAUGAUUUGCUUGGAUAUUGUUUUAUUUCGCAUUCAAAAAUUUUUCAACCAUGAACGUAGAGACAUCACCAGCUGUUGAUGAAGUGCCACAAAAUUUGAUCCACGCAUGGCGUUACGACAUUAGCUAUUUAGCAACGUGGGCUCCCUAUCGUGGCAACGCCUACUGUGUAUCUAGGUCAUAUCUGAAUGAUCUGUGACAGCCACUGCAGCAUGCCUAUGUUAAACGACUUAGGUUUGACGCGGCUCUUUGAUCGAGAAUCGAGCCCAGACUCUCCUAUUUCGAAACGAACGCUCUAACCGCUACCAUGGUCGGCAUUCCGUGGGAAUUCGGGUUAGAAUAGAAGGGAUGUAAAUCAAAUUUGGAGUCUAAAAAAUUUCAAAAUUUUUUUUUAGUAAAUUUGAAAUCACAUUUUUAUUACAUUUCAAAAACCAACAGCAACAAAAGAUACUGCUUCUCGACACUUUACGUCAUUCCUCACAAUGGAUUGAAAACUAGGUGUUUUGACAUAGACGGUUGCUUCAUCAAUAAAAAUAGAAAAAGGAAACUUUCAUAUCAGUCAUUAAAAAAUCCAACUCUUUUUAAACCACUCUGAUUCUACGUACAAGCACUUUAAAGUUGACAUCAUAUAGAUGAUGUUCCUCAUUGACAAUAUCUAUGUAGUCUUUGUUGAUCAGGUCUUCCAACCGUUUAUUAAAAUUUCCAUGGGCACGAAGUGUGCACUCCUUUAUUUGCUGACUUGCUUUUGUGUUUUUAUGAGGCAGAAAUUAUUCUAAAGAUUCUACACAAGAAGAAAAAACCCCUCUUUGCUGUGGCCUUCAACUCGACAUUUAGAUGCAGCGACGAAGUUUUAUCUAUUAAAGAUAUUCAUUUUCAUAAAUAUUUCGAUUCGAUAUAUCCCAGUGAAUUCGAAAUAAAACAUCCUACAGUCUUCCAUAUUUGGAUAUUUUAUUGAAUACAGACGUAGACAGCAAACUAACAACUCAACUUUAUGACAAACUCUGACUUUCCCUUAUUUUUAUAGUAAUAUUGCAUUAUCAUCAGCAUAUGGUGUUUAUGUCUCUCAACCGAUUCGAUACGCGGGAGCCUGUUCUGAGUAUGAUUAUUAUUUUUAUCCUCCAGGUAUCAAAGUUUGAGCAGAUAAUACGUUAUGUACAUUAUAAUCAUCUGAGUUCAAAUCUGUUAUCAUGUUUUUGAAAUCUGAAUAUGGCGGACACACCGAAAUCUGAGCGUGUUAUCUUGGAUAUGAAACAAAAACAGGAAAUCAUUAGAUACCAUGAAGCAAAUCCAAAGCGUUCACAGCAAGAAAUUUCAAAUUAUUUUACUGAAUUCUGGAAAAUUGACGUGAAAAGACGGACUGUAGAAAUAUUCUUCAGGAAUUGAAUUUGAAGAUCUUUCGUCUACCCCCAGAAAAGGACUACGUUUGGCACAUCACGAAAACAUGGAAGAUGCUCUGUACAUGUGGUUUUCAAAUAUUAAAACAUUCCAGUGACUGAUGACAUCUUGAAAUUAAAAGCGAAAAAGUGUGGUAUGAUCAUGGUGUUCACAAUUAACAUGUUUUAUUUAUCCCCCUCCCCCGAUAUAUUGCCACCCGUUAUGCCAAAAUUGCCGAGGUACAAAUGUUGGCGUUAGAACGGGAGAUCACUGUACCCCUAAAGGUUUUAUAAACCGUACAUAGACUCACCGUUUAUGGGGAUUGUACUUAGUUAUUAACCUUGUCGGUCGCUAGAGUGUAUCCCUAUAUCCGACAGGAAAUGUCGCCGUCUCUCAUUAAAUCUUCCUUCUCCGGGACUUCUGAUUAAUAUCUAAGAAAUUACUUGACAUUCUGAAGGCGCCAAAUUCUAAAAACAUUUAUUUGAAAGUCAAAUAAAUGACAACCAAAACGUUAUUACAUCUUCUGAGCUAAUUGCGAGAGUUGAGGGACAGGACACGUGUGGGGGCGGUCGAUUUACGUGAUGGCAGAGUUGUGUACGAAUAAACUCUUAUAUACAACUGUCUGACAAACUACCAGGAAAUGUUUGUAUAAUAGAAAGUGCACCUUAAAGCUUUUGGUAUUGAAUAUUUAUGUUGGUUUCACAAAUCAUUGUCCAAUUAUUGCUCAUAUAUAAUAAGCAGAUCCUUAAUAUAAUUUUUUUUUCGAAAAUGUCAAAAAUUGUCCAUUUUACCUAAAGUGUGACUUAACCUGGUGGCGACAUGGCAACAAAAACCAAAAGGCAUUGCAAAACCAUAAAGUUCACACAAUCUAUUGGGUGCAGAUAUCCAGAAAAGAAAUUAAUUAUACAUGGUUCGGUAACACAGAUGUCCUGUGAUUACUGAAAGAAAAUGCAUUCCAAAUCGUCCACGAUAUUCGAACAAUCACAAUACUUUAUAUAAGUGAGUGAGUGGCAUUGUGCAUUAAAUACGUGGAUGGGCAACAAAACGGCAACAUAGCAAAGUUGUGCAACUUUACAAUAUGUUAUAGAUACUACAUUGGACGCGGAAGUCGGACCUAUAUGAUGGAUCAAUCAUGAUUUCUUGUGAAAUCUUGUAUACAUCUAAAGACUGAACCGCAACAAUACGUUAGCAAAGUUAUAUCUGUCUAAACUGACCACUUGAGGUUAAAUGUUAAGUUCACACAGUGCAGGAUUCUAAAUCACUAGUCUAAAUAUCUGUAAGCUUCUUAACAGGUGCGAUAUUGCUUUCCUUUCAACACUUGUAGAAAUUUAAACAGGAUUGCACCGAAAAUUCUGGCUAAAAUCCUAAGUUUACGAUACUCGAAAUAGUGCAGAAUUUCUUUCCAUGAAUUCGCAUUUCCCCGUAGCAUUACUCCAAUUCCUCGCAUUCCUGACCAUUUCCUAAUGUUUGUUUUGAACUAGAAUGCUGGAUUUCACUUUAUCAUUGUAUAAAUAGUACAGUAGGCAAGCUCGCGACAAUAGUCUAGAUGACCCUAGGUUGCACACGACUAGGGUCAGCGCUGCGGUUAGAAAGAAUGUGGUCACUGUAUGGAUUGUGGUUACAUCAUGACAAUUCAUAUCUUGAGUUCAUAAAUUGUUGCGGACAUUUCUAGUGUCAGACCUGCUCUGAAUAUUUUGGUUGGGUGCAUGAUUUGUAAUAAGGUAUUCAGGGAAAGUCGGGGAGGUAGAGGAUAUAGACUACGGGGAAUACCCUGAGUCUGUUCCCAGACAUCCUUUAUCAGGCGUGUCAUACAACUUCCUAUACAACCCCAAAACUUUGUCGUCUGAGAGUUCAACAAAUGCAUUUACAGGAUAUUGCUAACGGAUUAUCACCUCAGACCGUAAUACCGUCAAACAAUCAACAACAAACGAAAGGUCAGCUUAAAAUUAUACGUUAUAAGAUAUGUUGUAUGAUGCAAUUGUCAGAUUCCUGUUUCAACAGAGUAGAGAUUACCAAUCUCAUUCUGUGUCAACUUCACGUCCAGAGAAGAAACAUGUCCGUGAUUUCAACUCCAUUACUGCGCUUUCAGUGGUACUGGCUUCCCUCUUAGAUGUUAAAACAUUUCCAAAGAACAUUAACACGCUUUCAGAGAAUUAGUGAUAUUGAUUACAAUCAUUUUGUACUCGUUUUAGCACAAGAAAAUGAUAAAUGUAUUCUCGGAAUCCAAGAUUAAAACAAUUGAAUCUUUUUGUUUUCAAUUAUGUUAUUUUGCAACACACUUUGCUUAUAUUUGGCGAAAAUAUCAAAAGGGUGAGGAUUGGCACAUCCUAGAGAAGGAGGCAGUGAUAUUGAGUGGCAUAGGGUAAAUUCUGAUACAAAGAUAAAAAUUUCCAUAACAUCCCAGAUUUCAAGUGUCCAGUUUAGCCAAACUUGAGGGCAAAGCCAUCAAAUAUCACUCUGGUUUCAAUAACACCCAUAGGAACCUUCUUGAAUGCAUACAAAUUAUCGUUGUUUUAAAUGCGUAAUAUUUACCUAGUACAGGUCACAUUAGUACUUAUUACUAAAAUUAUGUCUAAGGUGUCAAUAUCUUAUAUCAGAAUAAAUGAAAGGAUCAAAAGCUUAAUGUUAUUAUUCGACUUGUCAUCGCACUUUGUUAAUAGAUAAAGAGGACAGAGAUAUUUUAAAAAGAAGUGGGAUGUAUAUAGUUCAUGGGCUGACGAACUACAUAUCCAAAAAGGAUUGAAUUUCUCCAACAGACUGAUGAUAAUCGUAAAUACACCUCCCGAUUUUUUUCUUUUGUACAGCUAUCAUCUGCGGCACUAAAUACACUUUUAAACAUCCUAAAGAUAAACUCAGCAUUGUCAUUUUAAUGCUUUACGUACACACGGCGGAGUAAACAACCACCCUGAACAAGGUCACGGGUGUCUAAUCACUGAACCCGACAUACCCUACCUACGUCUUUUCUAACCACAUUUCCUAUUGGUCAGGAGAUCGUGCCUCUUCACUAUAUAAAUUACUUAUGUGAAAGUUACGAAAUUAAAACGUGUUCUUUGAGACUUGAGUUAGCAGAUCUCCUCUCUUGUAAUGAAAACCAUGGUAAACACCGGAAAGGGAAGCAGCCUCCGCUGUGUAAUGCUUGGGGAUGGGAUGGUUGGUAAAACAUCCAUUAUUCGCUCAUUUCUGGGAUAUACGCUGUCCCCCAACUAUACAGCCACAGUAUUCAUGGAUAACUAUAGCACUCACCUCAGUCUGGCGGGGGCCAAGCAUACACUGCAUAUAACGGAUCUCUCUAUUGAGGAGGAUCUGCACGUGAGACCAAACUGUCAGUCCAGUAAUCUAGUAACAGUCGUCUGCUACAAUGUGGUGGAUAAAGAUUCUUUCCACAACGCGAAAUCUUUCUGGUUACCAAUGGUCCGAAACAUCAACCCAAAGAUUCCUAUUGUGCUUGCAGCAACACACACAGACUUGCGAUGUGAGAAUAACCCAAACCACGUCACAGAAGAAGAGGGAAGGAAUUUGUGCAAUGAAUUCAAUAUAUCUGCCUUUGUGGAAUGUUCUGCUGUCCAGAAAGUAGGAAUUACUAAGGUCUUCCAGAUCGUGGCUGGUCUUUCUCUUCAGCUCACUUUGGGAAAUAAGAAAAUCUUAACCAAUCAGGGAAAGAACAACCGGUGAAGCAUGGAGACGUAGGGUCUCUUCUCCUAUUCAAAGCUGCCAAGGCUCCCCCCACAGGACCAAUGUCUCACCACACUGGAGCGGUUCUUUCAGUAUGGGUAUCCUGUAUAUCCCGUGUGCUUGUGUAGAUCGCAUUCAUCAAGGAACAUAUAGUCAUUUGUAUGGUACUUUGUAAAAGAGGAACUGGUUAUCAUGAGACAUACUGUAAUCCUGGUGAAUACUCGCUUCUUGACUUCAGUCAUGUGUUGGAAGAUGUGCAAUAUUGUCAUUCUUAAGAUAUCGUUGUUAAAUUCUGUUACUAAUUAUCGUUGUAAAAAUGAUCCAUCGAAUAUAUCAAUUUACAAACUAAUAAAUUAUGAAAUUGAA